GAGACUCAAAAUGUGGUUUUAGUGUCAGGGCUACAUUUAGGUUAUGGUUAGGUUUAGGCUAAGGGUUAGGUAAGCAUUAUGUCAAUUAGAUGUCCUCACUAAGAUGUCAAAACGAAAGUGUGUGGGUGUGUGAAACUCACCGCAGAGAAAUGAAAUGUGUGCACAUCUUUUAGUUAAACAUCUUAGAUAAAACAGCAGUGAUGAAGGAAACGCUGGAGAAUGACCACAAAGCUGUAAAACCUGCUGUAUUGUGUCUUUUGGUGCACGUUAAAGGUUGAAACUCUGUUCUUGCUGUCUACGCAGGACUCUGCUGCGUCCAGGGUUCCCUCCUUUGAAGACCAUGUAAAAAUAAGCACAGAGCUUGCCGUCAUUGGAAAUAAGCAUGCGAGUGCUGGAGACUUUAAUAUGGCUGUGAAGUAUUUCACAGAUGCAAUUAAGCACAACCCUAAAGAGUUUAAGCUAUUUGGAAAUCGGUCCUUCUGUUUUGAGAAGUUGCAAGAAUACGAGAAGGCGUUAAUGGAUGCAGAGUUGUCGCUUGGCAUAUGUCCAGGUUGGGAUAAAGGCCUGUAUAGGAAGGGAAGAGCUCUGGCUGGUCUAAAGAGGUAUGAGGAAGCUGCCCUGGCCUUCACGGAAGUUCUCAAACUGGACAGUUCGUGUGCAGAAGCUGCGCAGGAGCUGAUGCGUGUGCAGAUAACACAGCUAAUGGAGUUCGGUUUUACUCGAGAGCAGAGCUCAAAUGCUUUAAUAAUUCAUGGGACGGUUAAAAAAGCACUAGAAGUGCUGUCUAAGUUAAACAAUCGACCAGGAGCUCUUCCGAACGGCUCUCUCCCACCUGUUCAAGUAGCAAAUGUCACUGGAGUGUCUCCAAUCCUUUCAGCAAACACAAUCGCUGCACCUGCUGCUGCUGUGCGUCCUGCUCAGUCCAAGGAUGCGCUGAAAAAAACACUUAUGAACAAACCUUUAGGCGCAGUCCAGAAUACAUCUGCUGCUCAGAGUCAAUCAAAGCCUAUUCUUACUCAGCCCAUGAAGGCCAGCAACGGCGUUAAUCGACCAAUGGUCAUGGGCAGGCUGGGGCCUAUCCCAGCUACCACAAGGGGGAGCUGGAAUAGCCGUAAAUGUGAUGUCAAGAUCAAGACCUGA